AUGAUUUCCUCUCCUAUUACUCUUCAUUACUUCGUUUUCGAAGGCGAGCCAUCUAUUGCUUUUUUGGGUGAAAAUUUGAAUUUAUUAUUGAAGGAUUCUGGUGUUGAAUAUACUUAUGUUCGUCAUAAGUAUGCUGAUUGGCCAUCUAUCAAGAAAGAGCUUUCCGAAAAAAUGAUUUAUCCUACUAUGCCUUAUAUUGAAUUGGAUGGAAAAUUAUACAAUAAGACAGCCCCUACCAUGCGUUACUUAUGCAAGAAGUUAGGAAAAUACCUUCCUGCUAAUGAUGAUGAUCAAUAUAUUCUGGAAGUGGCUGCUGAUGUGACACGUGAUCAUUAUGGUACCAGGUUACCUCUAUACCGAUGUGAAGAUAAAGAAAAGUGGAAAGAACAUUUUGAAAAGGACACUACCAAAUACUUGAAUGCUUAUGAAUCUAUCUAUCAACAAAACGAAGGUCCUUAUAUCUUGGGUGAAGAAAUUACUUAUGCUGAUUUCCUUGUAUACCAUAUUAUCCAAGAUGACAACGCCUUAAAACACGUCCAAGGAUACCCUCACGUGGCCAAAUUUAUUGAUGCCUUCUCUCAACGUCCUAAUCUUACUGAAUAUAUUGCUUCUUUGGCCAAAUAGGUUUUUCAAAAAAAAAAAAAUCACUUUAGAGUCUUCUUUUCUCUUUUGUUCUUAUAAUAAAAAUGUUUGACCUUUUUUACCAAAUA